UGCGUGUAGCACGGGGCAGCGCGGGGCAGGACGGGAAGCGCUGGCGUUUGAAGCGAGGGCGCCAUGGCGGCCCCUGGGCUGGUGGCCGGGCUGGAGCUGGAGGAGGCGCAGCGGUACCGGAGGCUGGUGAGCGGUGCAAAGGCAGCAGCGGGCAAUGGGGAGCUGGAGGAGGCGCUGAGGCUGUUCCGGAUGGCGGCUGCUAUCUGCCCCAGCGAGAAGCUGCGGGGCCGCAUGCAGCGCGUGGAGGAGGCGCUGGCUGCAGAGCAGGAGGAGGAUGAUGUUGAGAAGGACGGUUUCGUGGAUGUGUGCAGUAGUGGCCUGCUGAUCUACGAGGGGAUGCACAGGAAGCUCUUCCAGCACCAGCGGGAAGGUGUUGCCUUCCUGUACCGCCUGCACCGGGAUGGUAGGCCUGGUGGUAUUCUGGCAGAUGACAUGGGCCUGGGUAAGACUAUCCAGGUCAUCGCUUUCCUCUCGGGCAUGUUUGAUGCCCAGCUCAUCCGGCACGUCCUGCUUAUCAUGCCUACCACCCUAGUCAGCAGCUGGCUAGCGGAGUUUUCUCGCUGGACCCCCAGCCUGCGUGUCAAGGAGUUCCACGGCACUAGCAAGAUGGAGCGUACCAGGAACCUGGAGAGGGUCCAGAGGAAGGACGGCGUUGUCAUCACGAGCUACCAGAUGCUCAUUAACAACUGGAAGCAGCUUGCUAGCAGCCACGAGCAGGAUUUUAUCUGGGACUAUGUCAUUCUUGACGAAGCGCAUAAAAUCAAGUGCCCAUCUAACAAAACGACCAAGUGUGUAUAUAUGAUUCCUGCAAAGCAUCGCCUUCUCCUCACGGGCACCCCAGUGCAGAACAACCUGCAGGAAAUGUGGUCCUUGUUUGAUUUCGCAUGCCAAGGCUCUCUCUUGGGAACAGCCAAAACUUUUAAAAUAGAAUAUGAGAAUCCUAUUACUAGGGCAAGGGAGAAGGAUGCAACUCUAGGUGAGAAAGCACUGGGGCUAAAGAUAUCUGAGAAUCUAAUGACAAUUAUAAAGCCGUACUUCCUCAGAAGAACCAAAGAAGAUAUCAAAAACAAUUGUGCUGACAAACCAGAUGCUCCUCUUCCCGAGGAUCCAAGUGAGAAUAGCGUUCCUGUCAUGCCAUCUCUCACUAGGAAAAAUGACUUUGUUGUGUGGGUGUACUUGGCACCAGUGCAGGAAGACAUUUACAGGAACUUUCUCUCUCUGGAUCAUGUGAAAAGAGUGCUGAUGACAACCCGAUCGCCUCUGGCUGAGCUGACUGUCUUGAAGAAGCUGUGUGACCACCCCAGGCUCCUGUCUGCAAAUGCAUGUAUCCAGCUGGGCUUGGAAGAACAGGACUACUCUGAGCAGGAUCACAGCAGUGAAGCAGGUGUGUUUUCAGGUGCUAAUAAAAUAGAUCAUCUCUCUGAUGAGACUCUGAUUCAGGAGUCUGGGAAAAUGCUGUUCCUUGUAGGACUUCUGGAAAGACUGCGAGAAGAGGGACACAGAACCCUGGUAUUCUCGCAGUCAAGGAAGAUGCUGGAUAUCAUAGAGCGUGUCUUGUCUUGCAGACAAUUCAAGAUCAUGCGUAUUGACGGAACGGUAACCCACCUAACAGAGCGGGAGAAGCGCAUUAAUGCUUUUCAGAGUAAAAAGGACUACUCCAUCUUCCUGCUCACUACACAAGUUGGUGGCGUUGGUAUAACCUUAACAGCAGCCAGCCGAGUGGUGAUCUUUGAUCCCAGCUGGAAUCCAGCUACAGAUUCUCAGGCUGUAGACAGAGCUUAUAGGAUUGGGCAAAAAGAGAACGUAGUAAUUUAUAGACUGAUUACCUGUGGUACAGUGGAAGAGAAGAUAUACAGGCGACAAGUAUUUAAGGAUUCAUUAAUAAGACAGACUACUGGUGACAAAAAGAACCUGUUUAGAUAUUUCUCCAAACAGGAACUAAGGGAGCUUUUCACAUUAGAAGAUACUCGAACAUCUGCAACUCAGAUCCAGCUGCAGUCUUUGCAUGCCACCCAAAGAAACACUGACUUGGAGCUAGAUGAACAUAUUGCUUAUUUGCAUUCUCUGGAAAUGUUUGGCAUUUCUGAUCAUGACUUGAUCUGCACGAGGGAAAUGGCUCACGAGGAUCAGGUUGACAGUGAAGAAGCCCAUCGGUACAUUCAGCGGAGGGUACAGAAAGCCCAUGAACUAGUUCAGUUAGAGUCUCAGCUUAGAGACCAGAGGAUGGAGGAGAUCAGAAAUGCUUGUGAAGAGAUGUGGCAAAGACAACCAGAAUUGGUUUCAAAACCAAAGAAGUUGUCUCCAGGGUUGAACAACAUAAAUAACUUUGUUUCACCUCAAGCUGAUGAACAUGAAAAUGACAAAGAGGACCAGGUUCUUAAAGUUGGCUCCAAAAUGAAAAGUCUGAUUAUUGAUGACCUGGAUGAAAAGCAGCUGGCACAAGAUGUGUCCAGUAUGGACACAGAGCUGCUUAAUACCAGGAAGACAGUGAAACAACGCAAUAUACAAGAAUCUGAGCAAAAUCUUGAUUUAAGCAUUUUACCAUCAUCACCUGGACUUCAUCCACUUGAUAAAGAGAGUCAGAGUCUUGAUCAGAAACAGUGUUCACGUGUUGUAAACUCAGGUAGCUUAACUGAGGCAGGGAAUGGCCUGUCAAGGCAUUUUCAGCAUUGCAUUAAUGAGUCUGGUAUGGCUGAUGAUCCCACAAGGUUAAGAGAUACAGAGAUGGCAGAUCAAGUACUUGACCCACCUGCUGCCUUGAGGACAGACAAGAAUUAUGCUCCUGAGCUAGCUCUGGCUGCCACAGUGCCAAGUUUAUCAAAUGUUACACCAGAAAUCCAUGCUGGGCUCCAGAAGUCUUGUGUGUUGGAAGGCAGCUUGGAGGGUAUGUCUAUGCCUUCUUUCCAGGAUCAAGUUGACUUCAAUCUGGUUUUGGAAGAGUCUGAAGAUGGAUGGCGAUGUGCCUCAAACAGGGGAAGCUCACUGGAACACCCAGAAAAGGAGGGCUUCCAAGUAAAAGCAGAAAGUUUUUUUAAAUCUCCAACAAAAACUUGGCUAAGUGAGAACAGUAACUGUGGAAAACCCUGUCACACAGCUGAAGAAGAGCCAAAUAAUUCCCUGCAAGGGAGUGAAGCAUCAGAUGAAAGCAGUGGUGUCUUUCAUUUUGUUAGAAAGAAAUGCUUAAAAAGAAUUGUUUCAGACAGUGAGGGUGAAGACCGUUCCAUUAUGACCCUGGAGGAAAACCAGUCUGAAAAAAGGCCCUCUCCCUUGAGCAGCCCGCUGCAUCCAUUUCUGGAAGGAAUUAGCGCAUCCACUCCUAAAUCUGUCAGAAGUAUAACAAAAGCUAUCUUUUCUCCCCAACCAACUAACAGUGGUAACGGGUCUACUGCUUCCAGGCAAUCUUUAAUCAACAAGGUGAUAGAUGAGGUUGAGGAUAUUGAAGAAAUCAUGGGAACCACUGAUGAAGACCAUGAUGAUGGUGACACGAAGAAGGAACAAGAUGACCUUGUGGAGGAAGAAGCUGAAGAGUGUAGUGGGGAAUCUGCUGAGCCUGAAGAAGAACCCGCUGGAGAAACGCUUGAUACAGCUGAAGAAUCCUUCCAUCUAGACAGCAUGCUGUCUGAGCAGCCCGAAGCAGAUGAGACUGAGUCGCCUCGGGAGGAAUCCACUGGUGAUGCUGAGCUUCAAUCAGGUGAGCAGAUAGACUGCUUCACCCAGGAAAACAUUGCUGAAAAAGAGACUGGUCAGAACUCCUCUCCUGCCAUAGAUUACAAUACCUUGGUAGACAGCGGGAAGAAACUUAAGAAUGAUGGAAAACUACAGGAGGCAUUGAACUGUUUCCUGCAAGCUCUUGACAUAAGAAGUGGAGAUCCUGAAGUUAUGCUUAUGACAUUGAACUUAUAUAGACAGCUAGCUCAGAAAUGAAAUGUGUACGUUACUUUGUAAAAGUCUUACUUUUUUCUUAUUAAAAGCUUGUCUGAACUACA